UAUGUAUGUAUAUAUAGAUGAAGUAAAGAGCAGCAGGUAAGUAAGAAGAGUGAAGUGAAGAGCAACACAGAGAUAUAUGCAUGUGAUGGAGUUUGAGGUGCAGGAGGAAGUGUUGGAGCCUAUGAGCCCCAGCGCACAGUACCUCAAGAGCUCUGUCUUGUCCCUCACAAUUCUUGGAGUUUUGGAAUCGGAAGAUCCUAUUGAUGACUCCAUGACCAUCCCCCUCCUCAAAGACGUGUUUUUGCCCAUAAAUCCACGUUUCUCCUCUAUCAUGGUUACAGGGAAGAAAGGAGUGAAGAAAUGGAAAAAAGUUGAAGUAAAUCUGCAAGAGCACGUAAACAUCCCGACUUUUCCCAGUGGCAUGUCGACAGACUACUACGACGAAUGCUUCACCGACUACCUCACCAAGCUAGGAAUGGAACAGCUCCCGCAAAACAGGCCUCUCUGGGAAAUUCACAUACUCAAAUACCCUACGAAAAACGCAGCUGGGAAUCUCAUCUUCAAGCUUCACCAUUCGCUAGGCGAUGGCUACUCCUUGAUGGGCGCCCUCUUGUCCUGCCUGCAACGACUCGACAACCCGUUGAUGCCGCUGACGUUCCCUUCUCGACAGUCGAAAGAUGGAGGCAAUCACACCUUGCUUGGACGCGUUCCCAGGUUCUUCACGGGGCUGCUGCACACGGCCUGUGACUUCGGGUGGAGCCUCUUGAAGAGCAGUUUGAUCAAAGACGAUAAGUCGCCGAUACGGUCGGGCGAAGACGGAGUGGAGUUCCGCCCAAUUGUUACGACGACUACUGCCUUCUCCAUUGAUCAAAUCAGGGAAAUAAAGAGCAGGCUUAAAGUGACUGUUAAUGAUGUGAUUACGGGUAUAAUUAUAUAUGGCACCCGUUUAUACAUGCAAAAGAGGAGUGAAGAAUCGGGGAAGGCAAACUCCACAGCAUUAGUGUUGCUCAACACAAGGGCCAUAGGCGGCUACAAAUCAGUGGAUGAGAUGACCAAACCUGAUUCAGAAAUGCCGUGGGGGAAUCGCUUUGCGUUCUUGCAAGUUCCAGUCCCCAAAUUGGGUGCCGCCGAGCAGGAAAAUCCACUCAAAUUUGUCAAGACCGCACGCCGAAUGAUCAAGAGGCAGAGAAACUCUGCCACAGUUUAUCUCACUGGUCAACUUCUUAACGUCGUGCGAAAAAUAAGGGGCCCGGAGACAACAGCGAGAUACAUCCAUGGAACAUUGAAGAAUACAAGCAUGGCAAUUUCGAAUUUGAUAGGGCCCGUGGAACAAAUGGCGUUGGCUAAUCAACCUAUCAAAGGAUUGUACUUUGUCGUGGCCGGAGCCCCCCAGAGCCUAUCAGUAACCUUGAUAAGCUAUGUAAGAAAGUUGAGAAUUGCAAUGACAAUGGAGAAAGGUUUCAUCGAUCCAAAUACCUUCAAGUCAUGUAUCGAGUAUGCAUUUGAGGCUAUCUCCAAAGCAGCGCUCGCAUCUCCUACACCCUCAAAAUCCUAGUAUUCUUUACCCUCAUUCCAUGCAUGCAAUAUAUUUACGUUGCAAAUUAUUUUUCUGUGUUAUUCGAAAUGUUGGUAUAAGUCUUUAUGAGAAAUAAAAUUAUCAUGUUAUUGUU